GCCUCAAUGUCUCAAACUUCGAUCGAUUUGCAGAGUGAGGUGAAUUUAGCAGUUGAUCUUCUACACAAACUGAAGCACAAUAACGAACUCAAUCCGGCUAAGGCAGAUGCGCUAAUUUCUGUUCUAGAGAGUCCCUUUUUCAAUGCAGUCAGAGAAGUUUAUGAGCACGUUUACCAGACAGUUGAAGUGCAGGGCAACGAGGAAAUCCGGGCAAAUGCCACAGCUAAAGCGACAGUGGCCGCCUUUGCAGCCAGUGAGGGCCAUGCCCACCCGAGAGUGGUGCAGCUGCCAGUGACAGAAGAGGGAUUUGGAUUCAACAUCAUGGGCGGCAAGGAGCAGAACUCUCCUAUAUACAUCAGCAGGAUAAUCCCGAAUGGAGUGGCUGCCAGAGUUGGUGGAUUGAGAAGAGGCGAUCAGUUGCUAAGUGUUAAUGGAGUUUCAGUGGAAGGAGAAAGUCACACAGCGGCUGUCCAAUUGCUGAAAGACGCUUCAGGAGUUGUAAAGUUGAUAGUGCGAUACACUCCUCGAGUGCUGGAAGACAUGGAGGCUAGAUUUGAGAAACAGAGACAGAGGGCGGCACAUCAGCAGACACUUCAACAGCAGCAGCAGGGAUCGCUCGGAAGAAACUCCAUGCCCAGGAAUAAGGGACGAUAGAAAAAUAACGUU